AUGUCCGUUCAGGAUCAGGAGAUAUCCUCACUUAUAGUGCCCUAUGACGAAGCAGCAGAACAUGUCAAAGGGACCCGAACCGGCACCAGAGGGACAUCGACGGCCCUUUACGCAACGCUCGCAGGCAUAAUGAUUGGAUGUCCGCUUCUGUGUAUGAUGGGGUUCAGCUUUACUGCGUCGGCUGCGAUACUUCUUAUAACCUCUCCACUGCUCUUCAUCUUCAGUCCUCUCUUGAUCUCCGCAGCUUUUGUCCUCGUAGCUGCCAUGGCAGGUUUCGCUGCUGCGGCCACCUUGGGUUUAGCUGGAAUCUGGAUGUUCCGUUUUAUGAUUCGAGCGAAAAGCACCACUAUUGGAUCUGUACCCUCAUCCGACGGUGAUGGGAGUCCCGUGGGGAUUGUGUCCACGGAAAAUCCAAAUCCGACGGUGGAUGGUAGGAUGAUAGAGUAG